AUGCAGUCGACAAACGGAAGGGGGCAAAAGGAUAAACAACCCGACAUGCAGAGACAGACGCCAGGUGGAAGAUAUUGGAUAUUUGUCGCAGAGUGGGAAAGAGAACAAGAGGAGGUUAGCUGUGGGAACCCUACGAAAUGGUGGGAAUUGGUAGGGCGACAAGGCGAGGCAGGACAAGAUGACCAGUGA